AGUAGGAAACCAGACUUUCUCUACUCCAUCAAACACAAUCUGUUACCUUCAAAUUACAGACAUCCUCCACCUCUGAUUUAUCUCUGAGAAUUUCUCAUCCCGUAAACAGUUUCCAAUUUCGCUCUUCUUUUGUUGUACAGUUCACGAUUCUAAAUCGACUUCUGAAGAUCUUUCUCUUUAGAACUCUUCAAUUAAAUCCUAUGUAACUAAUUUUUCUGCUUAGUUUUUAUCUUUCUCGGAUUUUGUUUGAAAACUUUUGUAGAACUCAUGGGGAUGGCAAUUUUUUGUACCUCGAAGUUCUGCCAUUAUAAUAGUAACACCAAGUUUUACUUCGUGUACACAAACAAAUUGUGUCGUUUAAUUUUAUCUGCUGAACAGUCUGUAAACUUGGACAUAAGAACAAAUAGAUAGGUUAAGAGUAAGAAUCAGAGAAGUUUUUUGUGUUUGAGUGAUUUUUGAACCUAUUUUCUUAAGAUUUGCUUUUCCUAACUUUUUUUCAAGAUCAGAAUCAAGUGUAUAUUGAAAUUACCAUCUACAAAUCCAUGAUUACAAAAGGAAAAAAACAGUUUUAAGUUUUGUUAAAACUUUGAUCAUUUAUGAAGGUCAAGUUGUUAGAUAGAACCUUCUUUUUACCCAAUCGUACAUCAAGGCCGAAGAGAGAGAGAGAGAAGAGAGAGAGAGGGGGAGAGAGGGAGAGAGAGAGAGAGGGAGAGAGAGAUUUUCUAUGUUUUGCCAGUUUUGAAGCUGCUGUCAUUUCUUGGUGAAAAAGAGUACAGAGAAAGAAGAUGAGUAGGCAGUAGGUUAAGUGUGAAACCUAUUUCCAUCCCAUCCGACCUUGGCCUUCCCGUGAAAAAACUCAUGGCCCGAAAUGUAUUUUAAAAGUCAUUUACAGUGCACUCCCUCUUAGGACGUAUCCUACAAUUCCACCACUGAAGAGACUAAAACCCACUUGCCCUGGUCUCCCUCAAGUCCCAAGGGGACCUCUACCCCAUAACCGCUAAGUGUGGUUUACCACCAAAAUCAACCUCCCACUGUAACUGCUUAUUCGCGUUGUGGCAGUUUUCGCUGUUUUCCGCUACCCAUUGUAUUAUAUCAAAUGUUCUGUAACGCGUUCCUGACCUCCUUGUUAUUGCUUGAUCUCGUUCGGUUUGGGGUUUUCUUGAAGGGGAAGCACCCAUUUGCGUUAUUUUGCUGUUAUUACCAGAUUUUUAUUCAACUAGAUCUGGGGUGUGUAAAGAUCAGUGACAGAAAUGAUGCAGAGAACUUUCUCCCCUUUUUGCAGUUGGUAUUAUUCAGUUGAUUGCGGGAUGAGUGAAGAAAUCCAUGAUCGCCGGAUGUGUUCUGAUAUGAAGAUUUUCAUCGAUGUGGUCUCAUUUUGAUUGUGUGGAUGGAUAUAUUUGAAUCAGAUUCAAUAAGGAAUCAUUCAACAGGGGAAACCCCGAGGCUUGCACUGGGUCUGGCUGAGAGAAGCAAUGUACUCGCCACUCGUCGCUCUCGGACGAGGGAAGUUAGUUCUAGAUACAAGUCACCUAUUCCCUCAGCCCCUUCCUCCCCUCGGCGCUGUCAGUCGCCGCACGCCUCCAGAACUUUGUCUGCUUCCUCCCAAUUGGAGCAGAAAAGAGCCCUGUCGGCUGAGAGGAAACGGCCUUCCACGCCUCCUUCCCCGACGAGUCCAUCAACUUCGGACCAUGACUUAUCUUCUGAUUUGAGAUUGUCUUCAAGGAGAACAGCAGGCGGUCGAUCGGCGGAAAGUUUAUGGCCUUCGACCAUGCGGAGUUUGAAUGUCUCUUUCCAGUCUGACAUAAUUUCUAUUCCUGUUAGUAAGAAGGAAAAACCAGUCCCUGCAUCUCCUUCUGAUCGGACGUUGAGGCCGUCGUCAAAUUUCGCUCACAAACUGGUUGAAACGCCUAUGGUUUCAAGGAAACCUACACCAGAGCGAAAGAGGAGUCCUCUCAAAGGAAAGAAUGUGCCUGACCAGCUGGAGAAUUCUAAGCCAAUUGAUGGCUUGCAUACCCGGCUUAUAGAUCAGAGGCGGACGAGUAGAAUUGGUAGGAAGAUAUCAUUAAAUGCAUUGAGUCGAAGUGGGGAUCUUACUGAUAAAAUAAUUCGGAGCUCUCCUGGACCACUUCCCGGAAUUGGGUUACCUUCAUUGAGAAGAACUUCAUCUGAUUCUAUAAACAAACUCUUGCCAAGAUCUAAUAAUGAUUCUUCCAAGAUUCUUCCUCUUGAGGAUGGUCUUAGAAUGGAAGAUGGAACAAAUUCGGUUGACAAUUGUUCAUUGCAGGCACCAGGAAUUGGUAGGAAGAUAUCAUUAAAUGCAUUAAGUCGAAGUGGGGAUCAUAUUGAUAAAAUAAUUCGGAGCUCUCCUAGACCACUUUCAGGAAUUGGGUUACCUUCAUUGAGAAGAACUUCAUCUGAUUCUAUAAACAAACUCUUGCCGAGAUCUAAUAAUGAUUCUUCCGGGAUUCUUCCACUUGAUGAUGGUCUUAGAAUGGAAGAGGGAACAAAUUCAGUUGACAAUUGUUCAUUGCGGACAUCAGGAAUUGGUAGGAAGAUAUCAUUAAAUGCAUUAAGUCGAAGUGUGGAUAAUACUGAUAAAAUAAUUCGGAGCUCUCCUGGACCACUUCCAUUGAGAAGAACUUCAUCUGAUUCUAUAAACAAACUCUUGCCGAGAUCUAAUAAUGAUUCUUCUAGGAUUCUUCCACUUGAUGAUGGUAUUAGAAUGGAAGAUGGAACAAAUUCAGUCGGCGAUUGUUCAUUGCAGACAUCAAGAAUUGGUAAGAAGAUAUCAUUAAAUGCAUUUAGUCGAAGUGUGGAUCAUACUGAUAAAAUAAUUCGGAACUCUCCUGGACCACUUCCAGGAAUUGGGUCACCUUCAUUGAGAAGAACUUCAUCUGACUCUAUAAACAAACUCUUGCUGAGAUCUAAUAAUGAUUCUUCCAAGAUUCUUCCACUUGAGGACGGUCUUAGAAGGGAAGAUGAAACAAAUUCAGUUGACGAUGGUUCAUUUCAUGCAUCAGGAAUUGAUAAGAAGAUAUCAUUAAAUACAUUAAGUCGAAGUGUGGAUCAUAGUGAUAAAAUAAUUCGGAGCUCCCCUGGACCACUUCCAGGAAUUGGGUUACCUUCAUUGAGAAGAACCUCAUCUGAUUCUAUAAACAAACUCUUGCCGAGAUCUAAUAAUGAUUCUUCCAAGAUUCUUCCACUUGAUGACGGUCUUAGAAUGGAAGAUGGAACAAAUUCAGUUGACGAUUGUUCAUUGCAAGCAUCAGAAAUUGGUAGGAAGAUAUCAUUACAUGCAUUAAGUCGAAGUGUGGAUCAUACUGAUAAAAUAAUUCAAAGCUCUCCUGGACCACUUCCAUUUAGAAGAACUUCAUCUGAUUCUAUAAACAAACUCUUGCCGAGAUCUAAUAAUGAUUCUUCCAGGAUUCUUCCACUUGAUGAUGGUCUUAGAAGGGAAGAUGGAACAAAUUCAGUUGACGAUUGUUCAUUGCAGGCAUUAGGAAUUGGUAGGAAGAUAUCAUUAAAUGCAUUAAGUCAAAGCAUGGAUCAUACUGAUAAAAUAAUUCAGAGCCUUCCUGAACCACUUCCAAGAAUUAGGUUACCUUCAUCGAGAAGAACUUCAUCUAAUUCAAUAAACAAACUCUUGCAGAGAUCUGAUAAUGAUUCUUCCCGGAUUCUUCCACUUAAUGAUGGUCUUAGAAUGGAAGAUGGAACAAAUUCAGUUGACGAUUGUUCAUUGCAGGCAUCCGGAAUUGGUAGGAAGAAAUCAUUAAAUGCAUCAAGUCGAAGCAUGGAUCAUACCGAUAAAAUAAUUCGGAGCUCUCUUGGACCACUUCCAGGAAUUGGGUUACCUUCAUCGAGAAGAACUUCAUCUGAUUCAAUAAACAAACUCUUGCAAAGAUCUGAUAAUGAUUCUUCCAGGAUUCUUCCACUUGAUGAUGGUCUUAGAAUGGAAGAUGAAACAAAUUCAGUUGACGAUUGUUCAUUGCAGACAUCAGGAAUUGGUAGGAAGAUAUCAUUAAAUGCAUUAAGUCGAAGUGUGGAUCUUACUGAUAAAAUAAUUCAGAGCUCUCCUGGACCACCUCCGGAAAUUGGGUUACCUUCAUUGAAAAGAACUUCAUCUGAUUCUAUAAACAAACUCUUGCAGAGAUCUGAUAAUGAUUCUUCCAAGAUUCUUCCACUUGAUGAUGAUCUUAGAAUGGAAGAUAAAACAAAUUCAGUUGACGAUUGUUCAUUGCAGGCAUCAGGAAUUGGUAGGAAGAUAUCAUUAAAUGCAUUAAGUCAAAGUGUGGAUCUUACUGAUAAAAUAAUUCAGAGCUCUCCGAGACCACACCCAGAAAUUGGGUUACCUUUAUUGAGAAGUUCAUCUGAUUCUAUAAAUAAACUCUUGAUCUCUGAUAAUGAUUCUUCCAAUGAUGGUCUUAGAAUGGAAGAUGAAACAAAUAUGGUUGACGAUUGUUCACUGCAGGCACCAGGAACUCCUAGGCUUGCUUCUAACGGCUUACCAGAUAGGUUAAAAUCAACACCAGCUGUCAGAUCUCAGUCUUUGACAUUACCUGGAUUGCGUCUACCUUCGCCCAUUAGAACGUCAGUGCCAUCAUCCUCUGUUUCUAGAGGAUCAAGUCCAGCCCGUCCAAGGCCAUCAACUCCUCCUCCUAGGGGUGUCAGUCCAUCUCGAAUCAGACCAACUAAUUCCAUUCAAUCCAAUAGUUCAACUUCGGUGCUCAGUUUCAUUGCAGAUUUUAAGGGUAAAAAGGGCGCUAAUUAUAUCGAAGAUUCUCACCAGAUGCGGCUAUUAUAUAAUAGAUAUAUGCAAUGGAGAUUUUCCAAUGCACGAGCAGAAGCUAUACAUGACAUGCAUAAAGUUGAUGCAGAGAGAACGCUAUGUAAUGUCUGGAAGGCUAUGAUACGUAUUUGGGAUUCAGUAACCAGAAAUAGAAUUGAUCUCCAUAUGCUGAAGCUAGAACUUAAGCUGAAUGAAAUCAUGAACGAUCAAAUGUCCUACCUUGAUGAAUGGGAUUCACUUGAGAGAGACCAUAUCAAUUCAUUGUCAGGUGUAUUGUUAGAUCUUAAAGCAAACACUCUCCGAGUUCCAUUAACUGCAGGGGCAACGGCAGAUGUUGAAUCAUUGAAAGGUGCAAUCGGCUCUGCUCUCAACGUGAUGCGAGUAAUGGCGUCCUCCAUAUGCUCUUUGCUUUCACAGGUGGAGAGAAUGAAUGGGUUGGCUUCGGAACUUGCGGCCGUAGCUUCACAAGAGAAAGCAAUGUUAGAUGAAUGUGAAUCAUUGCUGGCUUCAACAACAGCAAUGCAGGUAGAAGAGCAUAGUCUUAGGACACAUCUCAUUCAAAUGAAGCAAUCUUUGGAAAACACAACUCUCAAUCUUCUUCCCCAUAAGUAUAACUACCACACUACCUUCUUAACCCCUCGCCAACGAAGCUAACAACAACAUAGUAACCUCCAAAAUGCCACUUGUAUUUGCUUCAUCCAUCUUAAAUGUAAAUUUGAUUAUUUAUUUAUUUAUUUAUUGAUUGAUUUAUAUAUAUACAUAUAUAUAUACAGCUGCAUAUAUAUUGGAAAGAAAAUGCAGGUCAUUCCAAUAGCAGCAGCCCCCAAUAGGAGUGUUACAGUGCAAAUGAAAGUGAAGAUGGCAAUUAGUUCAUAUGUAUGAGGUUAGGACACUUUCUUUUUGUCUCUCACCCCCCACCCCCCCCUCUUUUUAUUUCGUGCUAUUUAGUUUCGAGUGGAAGUCUAGUUGUGUUAGAAUACUCGAAUAAGGUUUGUGAUAGUUCAGUCGAUAAAUGAAAAUCACGAGAUGUAAAUGUAUGGUUGAUUUUCGCUACACAAAGUGAUGUUGUUGCUUAUUUAUUUGAUCUCAAUCAAUUGGAUGAUUUGUAACAAAAACAAGUCUAACACACCAAUGAAAGGUCAUUGUUCCCA